CCUCCAUUAAAGCGUGCAGUCGACAAGUCGUGUAUCAAUGAUAAAUUGUGUGGGUGUUUUCGUUUGACUCAUUGGCGCAACAUGGGUGUCUCGACAUGGGAAUUUCCCGUAUUUCAUCUGAGCUGAUGCCGAACCUGCCCCACGCUAACAAACCCUCCUUUUUGUCUCUAUACGGCUGCUCCCUUGUUGCCAUGGUGAUAACCCAACCCUUGCAGUCGAUAUUCAUUUAGCAAUCAUAGCUGGCUAAUGGGUCCAAACCUGAGGGAGAAGAGUUGGUGUGGUCAUGUGACUCCAGAAGCGCCUUCUCAUAUUGGUUUCACAACAGGAGUAAGUCGGUGCUGCAGUCACUCCGACACUGUUUCCACCCAUUCUGUGGGUCUGUAGUCAGGUCCGAGGGCAGGUGGUGAACAUACUUCAGUCAGCUGUGGCAUGUUGACACCCUGAUAAUGGCAGUGGCACCUGCAAGACGGGAUCCAUUUCAGGAAGACCUUUUGGUUGCAACCUCAAUCAAAGGAGCAACAGAAUUGAUCAUAAAGUCUCCAGUGUGCGGACAAGUGCAUUUUUCUGUCGCGUUGAGAAGUAGACAUUGAGUUCCAUCACGUCAGCCAGGGUUUGUGGCCGCCAGUAACUCGGCGGUGGCCUGAUGCUUCAACUUGUGCAGUGCACUAUGGGAUCUGAAAUAAGACUGCUUCCUGUGGCUUGUCACAUGAGCCAUCAAUAAUAGACGUUACGAAAUGAUAGUGUGGGCCACGCAGUUGUAUCAACAUUACAAGUUGUGAAAAAUAUGUCAAUUCAUUUGGACAUUGGUUAAAUUGAGGCCUUAGAAAAAAACGAUUUUGGUCAAGGUCAGAACAGACAAAUCCCAAAUGUUACAGUUGAGGAACUCAGGCAUUCAGAAGUCCCUGGAUUAUUAUAGAACAGUUUGAAGACGCUUGUCGUCAACAUUAAUGACCACAAAGCUAGUGAUAUCAUCCUCCUUUUUUAAAAGCUUUGCUUUACAUCCUCUUAUCAAUAAAAUCAAAUUUAAUCUGCUGCUGGCGCGUCUUUAUGACUCGCAGUAAAAGCUUUUCGAGACUAACAUCUCACCCAUAAUGCUGCUUUCAACUCUUCCGAGAAAAGCACAGGAGCCGUGCCGUGACUUUGCACGUUCUUCUCCGUGAAUGAGCCCGUCUGAGCGGAAGUUUCUACUCCCACAGUCCCCACCAUUGAUUCUUGUUCUUGCAAAGCCUAAAUUUAGAGGCCAGGGGUUUAUCUUUACUGCCUGCCUGGGAUGCAGUCUGAAGAUGAUGCUGAAGAGCUGCUUUCAAUAAUUCUGGAAUGUUUUAUAUUCCUGGAGCUAUAAAUGACCUCAAGUCUUCCCAAGUAAAACAUCGAUGCAUGCUCUUAGUGACUCAACCAUACGCUCGGACUUUGCUUCAGCCUUUAUUGUUGUUGGUGUCGUGUGUUGCAACCUUUGUACAUAAGGUAUGGAUUCCUUUGAUGUCUUCUGACACCUGAGUAGUUAUGGUCGUGCUGAUAGUUUUUCACUACAUAUGGAGGUGUCCAGGAGCUUAAUGAUGAAUUCUGCUUUGAGAGCCCUGUUUACUGGGCGACAUCUUUAUUGUUUAUGAUGACUCAUGAUGAGUUUAUCCCCCUUUGUAGAGCAAUAUGGACAAAAAUUUCACAUCUCACUAUCAUUCCAGAUAUCUCCAGAAAACUAUUUAAAUUUAGUGAAGUAAAAAAGUUCUGAAAAAUACAAACAUAAUACAAAAGGAUGCAGAAAGUCAGAUGAAGAACAGAAGCAGCAAAUGUUCGGCCUAUGACGUGGUGUUGCGACAGAAAGUGGCUGUGAAAAAGCUUUCCAGGCCUUUCCAGUCUCUCAUCCACAGUCGCAGAUCCUACCGGGAACUCAGGCUGCUCAAGCACAUGAAACACGAGAAUGUCAUCGGGCUACUGGACGUCUUCUCACCCGCGUCCUCGUUGGAAGACUUCAAUGAACUGUACCUGGUGACCAACCUGAUGGGCGCCGACCUUAAUAACAUCGUCAAAUUUCAGCGUCUGUCAGACGAGCACGUGCAGUUUUUGAUUUACCAGCUUCUGCGAGGCCUCAAGUACAUCCACUCGGCUGGGCUGAUCCACAGAGACCUUAAGCCCAGCAACGUGGCGGUGAAUGAAGACUGUGAGCUGCGGAUCUUGGACUUUGGAUUGGCGAGGCAGACUGACGACGAGAUGACGGGCUAUGUGGCGACCCGCUGGUACCGAGCCCCAGAGAUCAUGCUGAACUGGAUGCACUAUAACCAGAACGUGGAUAUCUGGUCGGUGGGCUGCAUCAUGGGAGAACUGCUGAAGGGGAAAGUCCUGUUUCCAGGCACUGACUAUAUCGACCAGCUGAAGAGAAUCAUGGAGAUGGUAGGAACGCCGACACCAGACCUACUGAAGAAGAUCUGCUCUGAACAUGCACAGAAGUACAUCCAGUCACUGCCUUUCAUGCCCCAGCAGGACCUGGAGAAGAUCUUCAGAGGAGCCAACCCACUCGCUGUAGACCUGCUGAAGAGAAUGCUGGUUCUCGACUGCGACGGUCGGAUCUCGGCCAGCGAGGCUCUGUCACACCCAUACUUCUCCCAGUACCAUGAUCCGGACGAUGAGCCGGAAGCGCUGCCUUAUGAUCAGACACUGGAGAGCAAAGAUCGCACACUGGAGGAGUGGAAAGAGUUGGUGUUUGAAGAAGUGAGAGGCUUCAAGGCUCCCAGCAAGUCUGACAGCCUCCAGGCUGAGCAGUGAGACUCCUGAAGAAGAGGUUCAGGACUCGCGGGCGGAUGCGCUCACGCUCGGACUGUCUUGAGUUAAGGCUCGGCUGCCUUAACUGGAUCGGAUGCACAUUUAAACAUUGACAGGGAAUACUUCAGAAGGAUGUGACGGCUCAGCAAAAAUCUCACCGAACUGGACUCUAGUAUCAAAAGAAAGAAAAGACUGCACUCUAGAAAAUCCAAAGGUUCAGAUGUCGUAUCUCAUAUCUUAAAGGCUUCUGCAGCAAGCAUCAUAUCACUGAAGAGCUUAGCGUUCAUAAUACUGCAUGAUUCUGUGUGUUUUAUAUCCAUGUAUUACGGUAUGUAUUUGCCUUUACUGUCUGUUCUACAUCAUCUGAAAAUCGGACCAAACCUUUAAUCUACUGAGCUCAGCGGGAUUAAGAUGGCGACAUGGCUUUACAACUUUUGAGGGACACUAGUCAAAGUAUGACUAAGAACUUCCCCAGUGGGGAAUACUGAGGUCAACCAAGCUAUUUCACAUCUCCUCUCAACUGGACAUGGCUGCACAACCUCACCAGAGAGGCGUUCUGACAAGAUGCCCAAGCCACCUCUCCCAUGGCGUUUCUUGAUGUGGCGGAAGUUCUGCUUUGAGUCUCUCCUGGAAGACCAACCUCCCCUGCCUAUUUCUAAGAAACAAUCCAGACUCUUAGCACAGAAAGGCAAUUUGAGUCGCUUAUAUGAUGGAUUCAGUCUCCAUCUAGACCUUGUGACCACAGGUGAGAAUAGGAAUGAAGCUCGACCAGUGAAUGGAGAGCUUUGCCUCAGCUCUUUCAUCCAUCUCAAAAUGCCAUUGUUACCUCACUUGUGAAUCAGACCACUAGGUACAAGAACUCCUCCACCUGAGGUAAGGACCUCAUCUGCAACCUCGACAGCUCAUCACCCUUUUUCCACUGAGAACCAUGGUAUUGGACUUGGAUGUCCACCUUUGGUUGUGACCAGUAAUGCCUGAAGGUCUUGGCUUGACGAAGCCUUCGGAAUCACAUUGUCUGCAGAAAGCAGCGAUGACCACCGCAAGUGCAGUGAAGGCAAAUGACUCAGGCCACGGGCUAAAAGCUGUCUUGACCAAGUGUGUGUUAGGCUAAUGCUAUUGGGGAAAUGGAGAAGUACAGAAGGAGACACACUCUGUCUUACCAAACAGGCACACAAGUAUCAGGGGAGCUGUUUUUCACAGCUAUGAUGUUGUUUCUUAAGUUGGCUGCACCAGUUCCUCAGUGUUGCAAUGUACUUAUUAGUGCCACAGUCUGUAACAGUUGCAGCUGAUGACCACACAGGGAUGAGGAGCUCAUGGAAGACUUCGUGGAUGUUGACCACAGGAGCUGAAGUUCCUCGACUGACACCUGGAGCGUGUCCACUUCACAAGUGAGCCGAUACAGCUUCAGUUACGUGAGUGAAAAAGAUGCACAGCUGAUACACUGGCCUCAACCAUGUGAAGUGUAGUUGUCAUCGUCUCCUCAGUCUUUCAGUGGUGAGGUUGUUCUGAAGUCUGAUCCUUACAUUAUUAUUAUGAUUAUUAUUAUUGGCAUUCACCCAAUAAGGCAAAUAUUCUCUUUAAUCAUCUGUUGAGUUAGAUCAUUCCUCCUGGUCCUUAGUGCACAUCUAUCACACUGGGUACAACUUCAGCAGUCGUCCCACCUCUGACCCCAUUUGUAGCAGAGAAGGGAUUAGUGUAUUUAAAAGUCUUCAAAUAACCAAAGGUGUAAAUCGUCUGCCUGUAUAGCAUGGCGUGUCUGCCAGUUUGAGGGAUCUAAAGAAGAAACUUAGGGAGGGUUUGAUGUCACACCACAAGAACAACCGUGCAUGGACUGAUUUAAAUGUGGACAGGUUGACAUGAGUCAUACUUGAAUGGUAGAACCUUAGAGGAGAGUACAAUGUGGAAUGACUUUCUAAUACCAGGAUGAGGGUCAAUGCCUGAACCCCUUAAAUGUAGCCUUCUGUGCAAAACAAGAAGCACGACGAUGAGGACUCUGUGAGUUCCCGAAUGUUUCUUUCUGUGCCCAUGUGAAUGUCGUACAUGUGGUGGAUGUGAUUAGCUGAAUAGAGCAACCGAAUGUUAGUGUCUUUUCGUCAAGUUAACUGUGCGAUAUGGUCUGGCCACUUCCUGAAUGUCAGUGUUGUGAUGCGAGGUUGACCAACUGCUGAAUAAACAGGAUUUUCU